GUCCGAUCGAUCAUCCUCUCUCUCUCUCUCUCUCUCUCUCUCUCCCUCUUUUCCUCUCUGCUCCUCCUCCACUCUCUUGUCUCCUGCCUCUGACUGUUCUGGGGUAUAUCAUCUGUAUUACAUCUUUUAUUAUCACUAUCCUUCUCGUCUCUCCUCUCCUCUCCUCUUCUCCUCGCAAAACCCCCACGUACCUAACAGUCGGGGAGCCCGCCAGCCCUGUGCCACUUUAGCAACCCACCAACACUCAUUAUCAGCUGGGUAUUGUCGCAUAAGUCUUAAGGUGUCUGAUUGCAGCACUCAACCCGACACCCAUUCUUUAUUUGAUACGCAUCCAACUUGGCUGUUGCAAGCUGGCACCCUGCCCGAUCCGCUGUUUGAAGCGAUCUGUCGCACUGCUGCGUGAUCGGCCAGUCACAGCUUUAUCACUCCCUCGUGUACCUGCCCUUUAAAAGCUAUUUGUUCUACCUGUACUUUCUCUCUCACUCUCCACUAUGUUUGUUCUUCCGCCACCGCCGCCUCGCUAUACCGUUCCCGUUGCAUAUGCAGCCGGAGCCUCGAACGGUAUGGCAGUUCCCAUCGUGGAGACAAAUAACAUCAUAAGCCACCCAGAAGGGGGCUGUCCUCUGCAGGUUGGAGAAGGAACGUACCAUCUCAAGGACGACCUGCAUCUGGCUACCCCUCCUCCGCACCCAUCCGAAGCGCCUAUCGUGAAUCCGAAUCCCCUAGCUACUGUUCCUACCCCUCCGACUUCAGGCGUCAAAGUAUCACUAGCUAGUCUCGGCCCUCGAAACAAGAAUGUCUUUCCUUCCAAAACGCUGGUCACCGCACUCCCAUUUGGCGAUGGCAACGGUGCUUUGGCGCCUCCUGUCACGAAGGAUCCAAAGAAGCGGAAGCCAAAAAAUAAUAUUGUUAAGAGCAGCUCGUCGUUCGUAUCGCGGGUUAUUACCCAUGAAGCUACUACGAAACGCCUGAAUGAUCGGGAUUCAGAAGGGCUUUUCGCCUUUGCCAACAUCAAUCGUGCAUUCCAAUGGCUCGAUCUUAGUUCUAAGCAAAAGGAUGAACCACUUGCCAAAAUUCUCUUCACUAAAGCCCAUGUAAUAAGCCACGAUGUCAACGAGUUAACAAAAAAUCCCACGCACAUCGAUGUGGUUAUGGGGUCGUCAGCUGGUGAUAUCAUUUGGUACGAACCGAUAUCCCAGAAAUAUGCUCGAAUCAACAAGAACGGAGUCGUUAACAACUCUCCGGUAACCCACAUCAAAUGGAUUCCGGGGUCCGAAAACUUCUUUAUGACUGCUCACGCCAACGGUCAAAUAGUCGUGUAUGACAAGGAAAAGGAGGAUGCUCUCUUUGCCCCGGAACUCACUGAGAACUCAGCAGAUGCAGGGAAGCCACCAUACCAGUCACUGCAAGUGUUGAAGUCCGUCCACUCCAAGAACCAAAAAACCAAUCCAGUCGCAGUCUGGAAACUCGCCAAUCAGAAAAUUUCCCAGUUUGCCUUCUCCCCUGACCAGACACACUUGGCAAUUGUCCUAGAGGAUGGGUCUCUGCGAGUGAUGAACUAUCUGAGAGAGGAGGUAUUAGAUGUCUUCCGAAGCUACUACGGCGGGUUGAUCUGUGUAUGCUGGUCGCCAGAUGGAAAGUACAUGGUGACCGGUGGGCAAGACGAUCUACUAACAAUCUGGUCCUUCCCGGAGCGCAAGAUCGUCGCUCGAUGCCAGGGCCAUAAUUCAUGGGUGUCUGCUGUAGCUUUUGACCCGUGGCAAUGCGAUGAGAGGACAUAUAGAUUGGGCAGUGUCGGUGAUGAUUGUAGGCUAUUGCUUUGGGAUUUCAGCGUGGGCAUGUUGCACCGUCCGAAAACUCUUCACAGCACUCGCCAGCGAUCCAGCAUGGUUGCUUCUAGUACACAUGUCAGCCGUCAUCGCGCUGAUAGUGCAGGCAAUCGAAUGAGGUCAGAUUCUCAGCGUACAGCCCCAGAUACGGAAAACCCGUAUGACCAGACUAUCCACCACCCCGUUGAGGCUAGGGCACGCACCGCUCUCUUGCCUCCCAUUAUGUCUAAAAUCGUAGGAGAAGAUCCUAUCUGUUGGCUGGGAUUCCAAGAAGACACCAUCAUGACAUCGUCGCUGGAAGGCCACAUUCGUACCUGGGAUCGUCCCCGAGAAGGUAUUAACGAGAGUUACGGUAAUGCCUCAUCACCUGCACUCGAAACCAGCGCGACUAGGUCUAGAUCCAGCCAUGCAGACUCGGCCAUGGGAUCAUUUUGACCGUGUCUAUCUUUCUGUCAGUAAUAUCUUGUAAAUAUGUACAUAUGUAUCAGAUAUACCCUUGCAUAAUUUAAGCCUGUUUACGAUUCUUUCA